AUGACAGUUCCAACGUCCACAUCCGGUGUCCGAAUUGCCAUCGACCGCGGAGGCACCUUCACAGACGUCUGGGCAAGUCUCCCAGGGAAGCCCGAUGUCGUUAUCAAACUCCUCUCCGUCGACCCAGCCAACUACGCCGACGCCCCGACCGAAGGCAUCCGCCGCGUCCUCUCUCUGCAUCAUGGCUCAGAAAUCCCCCGAGGCAUCCCGCUCCCAAAAUCCUCCCUAGACUCCAUCCGAAUGGGAACAACUGUCGCUACAAAUGCACUCCUUGAGCGCAAGGGAACUAAACACGCCUUCCUUGUUACAAAGGGGUUCCGCGAUCUGCUCCAGAUCGGAUACCAGUCCCGGCCGCGCCUCUUUGAUCUCAAUAUCGUGAAGCCUGGUGUGCUAUACUCCGCGGUACGGGAGGUCGACGAACGGGUUACGAUUGAGGGAUUCGACGAGGAUCUAGAUGGGCUGUUUAGCUCUACUACCGAGAUACCAGGUGUUCUUGUCAAGGCGUCUAGCGGGGAUAUGAUACGCAUCUUGAAGCCGCUUGACGAGGGUGCCGUGCGUCAGACAUUAAGGGAGCUCCGAAUGCAAGGAUUCGAUACCGUCGCAGUCUGUCUAACGCAUUCGCACGUUUUCCCGGCUCACGAGGAGAGGGUUGAACGAAUUGCAAUUGAAGAGGGCUUCGCACAUGUCUCGCUUUCGUCGAGUGUUGCGGCGAAGAUGAUCAAGAUGGUUCCUAGGGGGGGUUCUUCCUCAGCCGAUGCGUAUCUUACGCCUGAGAUUAAGCGGUAUCUGGAUGGGUUUGCGGAGGGGUUUGAGGGUGGGAAUCUGCAUGGUGUGCGCUGCGACUUUAUGCAGUCGGAUGGGGGGCUAGUGAGCUACGACCGGUUUAGUGGGCUUAGGGGGAUUUUGAGUGGUCCUGCUGGAGGAGUUGUGGGAUAUGCUCGAACAUCGUAUGAUGGGGAUUCUGGAACUCCGGUUGUGGGAUUCGAUAUGGGAGGCACAUCGACUGAUGUAUCAAGAUAUGGGGGUCCCUUUGAACACGUCUUUGAGAGCAACACGGCCGGGGUAACUAUCCAAAGUCCCCAGCUUGAUAUCAACACCGUUGCAGCUGGUGGUGGAUCAAUCUUAUUCUGGCGAAAUGGGCUCUUCGUCGUUGGUCCAGAGAGUGCCUCCUCCCAUCCAGGGCCUGCGUGUUAUCGCAAAGGCGGCCCGUUAACUGUAACUGAUGCAAACCUCUUCCUUGGGAGACUUAUCCCAGAUCUAUUCCCGAAGAUAUUCGGCGAGAACGAAGACCAACCGCUUGAUGUGGCCAUCGUCAAGCAAAAGUUCAUCGCCUUGACAACCGAUAUUAACAAAGAUACCGGCAAGGCACUCACGCCAGAAGAGGUUGCUUGUGGGUUCCUGGACGUCGCGAAUGAAGCCAUGUGUCGGCCUAUUCGGGCAUUGACUGAGGGGAAGGGAUAUGAUAUUGCGAGCCAUAACCUUGCGGUCUUUGGAGGCGCAGGGGGACAGCAUGCGUGCGACAUUGCGCGAACACUCAAGAUAUCGACUAUCGUCAUUCAUAGGUUUUCCAGUAUUCUCUCAGCAUACGGAAUGGCACUGGCCGACGUGGUCCAGGAAGCACAGGAGCCUGUCAACGAGACAUACAAUAUAUCGUCUCGCAGACAGCUAGAAGAUCGCCUCUCAAAACUGCGAGGCCAAGUGCGGCAGCAACUAAUCGACCAAGGCAUUCGGGAAACAGACAUCGCAUACGAGAUGUACCUCAACAUGAGGUACCAGGGAACAGAGACAUCGAUCAUGGUUCUCCAACCCCCAAACGGAGACUUCGCGGAGGAGUUCCGAAAGACUCACCUGCGGGAAUUCUCCUUCUGCUUCCCUGGCGACAAGCCGAUUUACGUUGACGAUGUUCGGGUCCGUGGGAUUGGGACAAGCGAGAGGAAGAACUCGGAGGGAAAGGAGCUUGGGCAGCAACUACGUGCAUCGGAGUUCAAGGCCUUGAAGAGUGAUAUCUCAGAAUGUGUGACUCCAGUGUACUUCCCCAAGGUCGGAUAUCAAAAUACCCCUGUCUUCCUGGUCCAGAGUCUUCCUCCUGGGGUGGUAAUUGAAGGGCCGGCUAUCAUUGUUGAUCAGACGCAGACGCUUGUUGUGGCACCUGGGACAGUAGCCAAGGUUCUGCGCUCGCACAUUGUCAUUGAGAUUGUGGCUACAUCUGUCACCAUUGCAGAGCAACCAGCGGUGGUGGAUCACAUCCAGCUAUCGGUAUUUGGACACAGGUUCAUGAGCAUUGCUGAGCAGAUGGGGCGCGCUCUGCAGAAGACGGCCGUUUCUCUGAAUAUCAAGGAACGGCUUGACUUUUCUUGUGCUUUAUUCGGUCCAGAGGGCGACCUCGUUGCUAAUGCCCCCCAUGUCCCCGUGCACUUGGGCUCAAUGAGCUACGCCGUGAAGCAUCAGCACGAGCUCCAUAGAGGCAAACUAUCCCCAGGCGAUGUCUUGGUAGCUAACCACCCAGAGUCCGGCGGAACCCAUCUCCCAGAUAUAACUGUCAUCACACCCGUAUUCGAAAAGACCGGCUCGACAGUAGCUUUCUACGUGGCGUCUAGAGGCCACCAUACAGAUAUCGGGGGGUUGGGUGGUACAUCCAUGCCACCCAACUCCACCGAACUGUGGCAAGAAGGCGCAGCUAUAAGAUCCUUCAAGCUCAUUCAAAACGGUACCUUUGACGAGGCCGGUAUAACCGACAUCCUCCUCCGCCCCGGAACCCACCCCGGCUGCACAGGAAGCCGACAUAUCCAAGACAACAUCUCGGACCUGAAAGCCCAAGUCGCCGCCAACCAUAAAGGCAUGACCCUCGUCCAGUCUCUCAUAGAAGAAUACACCCUCCCAACAGUGCAAAUGUACAUGAGCGCCAUCCAGUCCAAUGCCGAACAAGCCGUGCGGACCUACCUCCUCACAACACGCACAAAACUCGGCUCGCACCUCAGCGCAACAGACCAAAUGGACAACGGCACCCUCCUCUCCCUCGCCAUAACAAUCUCCCCCACAGGCUCCGCCACAUUCGACUUCACAAACACCGGCGUCGAACUCCUCUCCAACAUCAACGCCCCUCCCGCAAUCACAUACUCCGCUAUCAUCUACACCCUCCGCCUCCUCAUCGGCACCGACAUCCCACUAAACCAAGGCUGUCUAGCCCCUAUAUCCGUGAUACUCCCAAAGAACUCCUUCCUGAACCCGUCAUCCAGCCCCGCCGUCUGCGCCGGGAACACCCAGACCUCGCAGCGCGUAGUCGAUGUAAUCCUCCGCGCGUUCCGCGCCGCCGCCGCCUCGCACGGGUGCAUGAACUGUCUCGGCUUCUUCGGGGAAGGAGGCAAGACGUCCUCCGGCAAACAACUCGAAGGGUACGCAUACGCAUUCGGGGAGACAAUUUGCGGAGGCUCCGGGGCGACGUCUACACAGGGGGGUGCAUCUGGGGUGCACACGCACAUGACGAACACGAGGAUCACGGACCCCGAGAGUCUGGAGAAACGGUAUCCUGUUAUACUGCGGGAGUUUGCGAUACGGCCGGGCACGGGUGGUGCGGGGGUGUUUAGAGGCGGGGACGGCGUUGUAAGGGACAUUGAGUGUCGGGCGCCGCUGAGCUUUAGUGUUAUCACGGAGAGGAGGAGUGUGGCGCCUUAUGGGAUGGAGGGGGGCGGGGAGGGGGAGCGGGGGGCGAAUUAUUGGGUUCGGAGGGUGAAGGCGCACGAUGGGGAGGAGGAGCGGUGGGUUAAUAUGGGAGCGAAGAAUAUGGUGCGCAUGCAGGCUGGGGAUCGGUGUGUCAUUCAUACGCCUGGGGGUGGGGGAUGGGGAGGUGAAGGUAUCAAGUAUGGAGAUGUCAAGGUUAAUGGUGCAGUUAGGGCUCAGCAUCCACGGGCGUCUGGCAGUGUCGGUGCUUAUGCGGCGGCACAGGAGGCGUCAAAUUAG